AUGCAGCAAUCGUGGAGUAUGAGGCGGCACAACUCUUCGACGCAUGCACGCCCAGCCACGGCGUCGACACCGCAAGAGAAGCAGCACCAGCACCAGCACCAGCACCGCCAGCAUCAGCAUCAGCAUCAGCAUCAGCAUCAGCAUCAGCAUCAGCAUCAGCAUCAGCCGCAGCCGCAGCCGCAGCCGCAUCAGCCGCAGGUUCGCCGCAUGGCCUCCUUGACGAAUUUAUUCCGUGGCAACAAACAUGCUGCAUCAUCCUCCUCGUCAUCGUCAUCGUCAUCAUCGUCAUCAUCCUUGUCUCGCGGGAAAGCGUCUGGCUCCAGGACGUUUUACGUUCCUACACAUGCAGCCUCCAGUUUUGCCAAGACGGUCUCGCCCUUGUCGACAACUCGUAUCGACGAGAGGGAUGAGCUGGAGGCAUGUGCCGCGGAAGACGGCGUAAGCGGCCCGGGUACGAGAAGUGGCAGCAGACACACGCGCGCCUCAACCCUCAAGAGAUGCAACACGCACCACCGAGCCAGCGCCAACACGAGCAAUAACCACAAACGCAACUGCGCUUCUCACCAGUCCCCCGCAAUCGCCACCCCUUCCUCCCCCUCCUCCCCCGCCUCCCCCGCCUUCCCCGCCUUCCCCGCCUUCCCCUCAACCCCCCCCUCGCCCUCUGCCAAGAGCCGUCAUGAAGCUCGCUCGACAGACUACGCCAGCUUCUUGGCCGACGCAGAAGCCAACGAUCAUGCGUUUCGCACAAGAAUGGCUCGUCAACGCUGCGAGCAAGAGCGCGAGUGGCUGUCCAGCUGCCACCAAAUUGCUGCCAACAACCCUCCUGGCUUUUCCCACGACUUGUCCGCCAUUCAGCGAGACAGCGCCUAUUAUUCCUCGACUGCCUCCCGGAGCAGCACAGUGAGCGGCAAACCCCACCCACUGCAUAAUCGUGCAAUUCCAUGCACGACAAAAGAGAACCUGGCCGCGCUCCCCCAGCCCUUGCCCGUUUCUCCUGUCUUGACGAGAAAGCCUAGCAAGACCUUGGUCCGUCGUGUAUCGGAAUAUUUCAAGCCUCCUCAUGCACAACGCGGUCAUGUUGGCAUCAUGGGCUGA